AUGAACGACUGGUUUAACCAUUCACUGAGAGAAAAGUCAACCCCACAUGUCAUUGACGAGGCAGGAGGGAAGAAGGCGAAAUGGGUGCGGACCGAGGUGGUGGUGGAGAACCACAUCGUGAUCCCGAACCUGGAGGACGCAGGCCGCACCACCACCUCCCCGGACCAGCUGGUGGAGGACUACGUAUCCUCCAUCACUUGCAACCCCAUGGACCACUCCCGCCCCGUCUGGGACCUCCACAUCCUCAACAUCCCCACCUCCGACGCCGCCGCCGUCGCAGUGCUCCGCCUCCACCACUCCCUCGGCGACGGCACCUCCCUCAUGUUCCUUUUCCUCGCCUGCACUCGCAAGGCCUCCGACCCCGACUCCCUUCCCACAAUCCCGAAACACUACCUCCGGCGGCCGCCCGCCUCCAAGAGCAUCAAGGACGUCAAGAACGCCAUGCAUUGCACGGUAAACGAUGUCCCGGUGGGAGUCACAUCUGCGGGGUUGUCUCGUUACCUUAGCAGGAGAUAUGGUCACACUGACGACGAUGAUAGCGAGAAGAAUCAGCUCCCCUCAAACAGUCGACUCCGUUCAACGCUGCUCGUUAACAUUAGACCGAUACCCGGAAUCCAUGCUUUGGCUGAGCUGACGGAGGGCAGAGAUGGUGAAACCAAGUGGGGGAAUUUUAUUGGUUACCUCAUCCUACCCUUCUCAAUCAUGAGGUGCAAGAACCCCCUGGACUACAUUCGCAGAGCCAAAGCGACUGCAGACAGAAAGAAGAACUCCCUGGGGGCCAUCUUCACGUACAAAGGUGCAGAGCUCAUCGUCAAAUGUUUCGGCAUCAAGGCAGCAGCCGCAUUGUGCCACAGAGUGCUGUCGAACACGACGUUGUCAAUCUCAAACUUGAUCGGGCCUGUCGAAGAGAUCGUGUUCUAUGACCAUCCACUCGUCUACCUCGCUCUCAGUGUAUUUGGGCAUCCACAAGCCCUCACGGUUCAUUUCCAGAGUUACGUGAACACGAUGAAGAUAGUUUUGACAGUGGAUGAAGCGGUGAUACCGGAUCUACUUCUGGAUGGUCUCGCGGAAUCCCUCCGACUCAUCAAGACGGCCAUUCCUGCAACAUCGUAA